AUGUCUUCGGUUCAUGACGAAAAACCACCUCCUCCACCAUUGAGGUACAGUAGUAGUAUUUCUAAUGCUUUUCGCGAUCAGUCAUUUGUGGAACUGAAACCGCUCCCACGUGAACCUAUGUCAAAUUCAGAACAUUAUGGAUCUCUGCCUGUUGCCAACAAGAAAACGAAGAAGAAAACUUUCGGUGGGAAAAAAAAUAAGGAAAAAGAAAGGACAAGCGAUAAACCUGUUAUUUCAUUACCGAGCAAUUUUGAGCACACUAUUCAUGUUGGUUAUGAUCCAGAAACUGGCGAAUUUACGGGUAUGCCACCGAUGUGGGCACAGUUAUUGCAAAGUGCACAAAUCAGCAAACAGGAACAGCAACAGAAUCCUCAAGCUGUGCUUGAUGCUCUUAAAUAUUAUACACAAGCUGAUUCGUCUCAGCAGAAAUGGUUGCAACCAUCUUCAUUUGAAGGUUGUUCAUUAAUUCACGGAGCUAGCGUGGAACAGCAGCAACAACGCGAUUUAAAUGCAGCAACACAUUUCAUUGGUCUCUGUUCUAGCUCAUCGUUGUCAUAUCGAGGACAUUGUCAGAAUGAAAGUGAAAAUGGACCUCAAGGACUGAUGCAUAAUCGGCAUUUGCUGACAUCAUCGCAAAACAACACAUGUCACCGCGGACUCUCAGCAUCAACACAUACGGGUUUACCGAAAAGCGGACAGUUGGGUAGCUACACACUUUAUAGUACCAGUGAGCAUCUUUCUUCCGGAAGUAACAGUAAUUCAUCACAUUCAUCGUCAACUACUGAUCAGCACAGUUCACAUCCUGCGGACUAUCCAUCUCCUCUGGUUCUUGAUGAUGAUGAAUCGGGUGAUGUCCCCGCACCACCCAUACCUGAUCGUCCUGCUCGUACUAUAUCUAUUUAUACAAAACCAAAAAUGGAAGAAGAGAAGAUUGAAUUAUGUAUGAACAAUGCUUUAAUAACUGGAGGUCAUUUUGGUCUCACUAAUCGAUCAACAGGGCGUCGAAAAAAGAUAUCUGAUUCUGAAGUAUUGGCAAAAUUGCGCACAAUUGUCACCAUUGGGAAUCCAGAUCGAAAAUAUCAAAAAGUAGAUAAAAUCGGUUCUGGGGCAUCGGGAUCGGUGUUUACAGCAAUCGAAAUUAGUACAGGUGCGGAGGUUGCAAUAAAGCAAAUGAAUUUGGCGCAGCAGCCCAAGAAAGAACUUAUUAUUAACGAGAUACUGGUGAUGCGUGAGAAUAAGCAUGCUAAUAUCGUUAAUUAUCUUGACUCUUAUCUCGUUGGUGACGAUCUCUGGGUAGUAAUGGAAUAUUUGGCAGGUGGUUCAUUGACGGAUGUAGUAACGGAAUGUCAAAUGGAAGAAGGGAUGAUUGCUGCUGUGUGCAGAGAAGUACUGCAAGCACUGGAAUUCCUUCACAGCCGGCAUGUGAUUCACCGUGAUAUCAAAUCUGACAAUAUCCUUCUUGGGAUGGAUGGUUCCGUAAAACUAACUGAUUUUGGAUUCUGCGCACAGAUAAGUCCAGAGCAAAGCAAGCGUACAACUAUGGUUGGUACGCCUUAUUGGAUGGCACCAGAGGUAGUGACUAGAAAGCAGUAUGGACCCAAAGUUGAUGUUUGGUCACUAGGCAUAAUGGCAAUCGAAAUGGUAGAGGGUGAACCACCAUACUUGAACGAAAAUCCACUAAGGGCCAUCUAUCUGAUAGCGACGAACGGGAAACCAGAUUUUCCAUCGCGUGAGACACUCUCACCCUCAUUCCGUGAUUUCAUCGAUUGCGCCCUAGAAGUAUCGGUGGAUGAGCGUUACUCAGCCAGCCAAUUGCUCACUCAUCAUUUCUUGAAAUGCGCCAAACCACUUGCCACGCUAUAUCAUUUGAUCAUCGCCGCGAAAAAGAGUAUUGCCGCUUCAACUUGA